AUGAAGGCAUCCGUGAGCCUGAGCCUGCUGCUCGCGCCCCUCGCGGCGCAGGCGCACUACAUCUUCAGCCAGCUGAUUGUCAACGGGCAGGCCAAGGGCGGUGACUACACGUACAUACGCAAGAACAGCAACACGUACAUGCCGUCCUUCGCCAGCAACAUCGUCAACUCGCCCGACCUGCGCUGCAACACGGGCGCGCGCGCCGGCACCGCCCAGACGUACACGGUCAAGGCCGGCGACCGGGUCGGCUUCAAGCUGUGGUACAACGAGUUCAUCGAGCACCCGGGCCCGGGCUUCGUCUACAUGUCCAAGGCGCCGGGCUCGGUCAACAGCUACGACGGGUCGGGCGACUGGUUCAAGGCAUACGAGACGGGCCUGUGCAGCGGGCAGCCGAACAAGGACGGGGCCUGGUGCACGUGGCAGAAGGACCGGAUCGAGUUCACGAUCCCGGCCCGCACCCCGCCCGGCGAGUACCUGGUCCGGGUCGAGCACCUGGCCAUCCACGAGUCGCACGUCGGCAAGGGCCAGUUCUACAUGGAGUGCGCGCAGCUCAAGGUCGAGGGCCCCGGGGGCGGCACGCCCGGGCCGCUCGUCAAGAUCCCGGGCCUGUACAAGACCAGCGACCCCGGCAUCGCCUACAACAAGUGGACCAACAACCCGGCGCGCUACGUGAUGCCCGGCCCGGCCGUGUGGAACGGCAACUGA